CCAGACUCUCCCUCGCACCCGCCACUCCUACGCUCACAGAACUGCUCAGACCUACCAUUUGUACCCCCCGCCGAACACCCAUUGGUCCAAGAUGGAGGCGCUUCUUCGCCAGUCUAGGUCCAUGUGCCCGUUCCUCUCGAAGACUUCCCCCGCCACGCUCCGUUCCCUCUCCACGACGGCUGCGGGUCAUCAUGUGUCCCCCGGGGCCGGCAGCAUGUCGAAUUUACAGGUCCUUGCCAGGCGCUGCCCCAUCAUGGGAAAGGCGCUCGCUGUCCAGAGCGCCCGUACUGGCAACAGCGCUCUCGCCGGAGCUUUCGGAGGCGCGCGUGCUUACCAUAGUCGUGUCUCUCGAGCCAAGUUGCAUACUUCUACGCCAAAGGAAGCGCAGGCUAUGGACAUUGAGAACCUGCGCGCCAAACAAGCAGUUCCUUUUCCUCGCCCUACCAAGCAGCCAUCAACUGCUCAACACACUCCUGUCGGGGCCCCGCCGACGCCGAAGCCCGCUAAAUUCGACUACGAUGGCUUCUACCAGAACGAGCUGGACAAGAAGCACAAGGACAAGUCGUACCGCUACUUCAACAAUAUCAAUCGUCUUGCUAAAGAGUUCCCUCGCGCUCAUAUGGCUUCGAAAGAAGACAAGGUGACUGUCUGGUGCUCCAAUGAUUACCUGGGCAUGGGCCGCAACCCGCAGGUUUUGAAGACAAUGCACGAAACUCUGGACACCUACGGAGCUGGUGCCGGAGGUACUAGAAACAUAUCCGGUCAUAACCAGCAUGCUAUGGCACUCGAGGGCACUAUCGCGAAGCUCCAUGCACAAGAGGCUGCUUUGGUGUUUUCCUCAUGCUACGUGGCUAAUGAUGCGACUCUUGCAACCCUCGGUAGCAAGCUUCCCAACUGCGUCAUCUUGUCCGACAGCUUGAACCAUGCCUCGAUGAUCCAAGGCAUUCGUCAUUCGGGUGCGAAGAAGAUGGUGUUCAAGCACAAUGACGUGGCGGACCUGGAAGCGAAGUUGGCCUCAAUUCCACCUGAGUAUCCUAAGAUCAUUGCUUUCGAGAGUGUCUACAGUAUGUGUGGCUCCAUUGGGCCAAUUGCAGAAAUCUGUGACCUAGCGGAGAAGUACGGAGCCAUCACCUUUCUCGAUGAAGUCCAUGCCGUUGGCAUGUAUGGACCACACGGUGCGGGCGUUGCCGAACACCUCGAUUAUGAAGCACAUUUAGCUGGCAAGCCCCGAGGAACCAUUAUGGACCGUGUUGACAUUAUCACGGGUACACUUGGAAAGGCGUAUGGCUGUGUUGGUGGUUAUAUCGCUGGUUCUGCUAAGCUGGUUGAUGCAAUUAGGUCACUCGCCCCGGGAUUUAUUUUCACAACUUCACUCCCUCCCGCAACCAUGGCAGGCGCAAAGACGGCCAUUGAGUACCAGAAGAAUUAUCAAGGUGACAGGCGCCUUCAGCAAUUGCACACUCGUGCCGUCAAGGAAGCACUGAAUGCGAGGGACAUCCCCGUUAUUCCGAACCCUAGCCAUAUUGUCCCCGUACUAGUUGGAAACGCAGAGGUAGCGAAGAAGGCUAGUGAUCUCCUUCUGGAGCAAUGGGGCAUCUAUGUUCAGGCUAUCAACUAUCCCACCGUCCCUGUCGGCCAAGAACGCCUUCGCAUUACUCCUACCCCAGGCCAUGUCCGUGAAUACCGAGAUCACUUGAUCGAGGCCUUUGACAGUGUCUGGGAGCAGUUGGACAUCAAACGUACUAGUGAGUGGGCGGCUGAAGGAGGCUUUAUCGGAGUAGGCGAGGCUGGGAAGGAAGAGGCACCUCCUCUUUGGACCGACAAGCAAUUGGAGGUCGACAUUAUCAUCAAUGAGAUGAAAGCAGGCCAGGAUGCCAUAGGCGUCCUUGAAUCGAUCCUCGAGAAGGAGCACCAGGCUACCGCGCAAGCCAUCAGCGCCGCUGCUUAAUGCAAUUUGGCUGGAUUGGAUACGGUGAAUGGUCUGUUCACUCUUUUUUCAAUGAUUUGAGACCUUUGCCAUCACAGACUCAAUGUGAGUGAUAGUUUUGAAAUAUAACAGACUCGAUCUUUCGACAUGCG